UUAUGUUAUGUAUGCUUAUCAAUUGCCAAUCACAGGUAGUUGAAUAGCUACUCGCCAGUUUUUGUAUAUUCUUAAGUAUACAGAAAUGAAGUCCGACACCUACGCAAGAGCAGUGACCUACAGUCAAUCAUUUUUGAUUACAAUAUUUUUAAAGUUUUGAAUUUUGAAUACAGUGGAUAUAUUUAAAACAGUUAAUUUGAAAAACGAUUUUUGUUUGUCUCAAGUGAUAUGGUCAAUUCGGUUCAGUAAUAGUGAUAGUGUUUACCACAGUGGCAACACUUAUACUUACCUACUCCAUCACGUAUAGCGUUCACUUCAGUGGCGAAACAUACAAAUUAAAUAAAUUGUUUAGUUAUCAUUGCAUUUUGCUACCACAAGCGAACGGCAACAGAAACCCGAGCAAAUCUAAAUAAUAAUAAUAGAAACGAUGGAAACGAAAGGCUUAAAGGUAACAACAGUGGGCCAAUUCACGUUAUUAUUGCAAGAGAUCGAAAAACAUCCAGUGUUACUUAAGCAAACACCGGGAUUCGGUCCUCCCCACAACGAAGAGCUUUGGGUAAGCAUUACAAAAAAACUGAAUGCCAUUGGACCACCUGAACGCAGCAUGCGAGAAUGGAAAAGAGUCUUCAUUAAUUUAAAAUCAAAUACCAAGAAGAAAAUGGCAGAAAUUAAACAGGUGGGUUUCUCACAAAAACCACUUUCGGAAGCGGAAAAGGGAUUGGCGCAGAUUCUCAAACUAAAUGAAUCAGUUCAACCAGUUGGUGAAACAUUCGGAGUGCCUGCGAUCAAAUUAUCUCCACCGUUUACUACUGACAGUAUGCCGCCGGCUCCAUUCGCGGAUACAACUGAGGAACUGCCAGAAGAUGCUCCGUCACCAACUACAGAUCACACAACUGGUGAAAAAAAGCGAAAAGCUGAUGAUCAGAACAAUUUUCUAUUUCGUCAUCAAUUACAAGACCAAUACAUGGAUUUAUCAAAAGAAAUGGUGGAAAUAAUGGCUAGACAGACUGUGUUUCUACAUAAAUUAGCAGAUUCUGUCGUGAGACAAGAGAGGUUAAUGGAACAACUAUUUGAGUUGUUGGAAAGGCAAAUUUUAGCUAUUGAACGGCAAGCCGUUGCUAUGGAAAGAAUGGCAGAGUUACAAUAGUGUUAUUACUUUUAAGGUACUUUUAAAGUGUUUCUAAUAAAUGUUAAGCCAUUGUUUAGGAAAUAAUGGCGGAGUGUAUAAGGGAGUGCAUGUUUUUAUAUUUUCAUUUAUAAGCGCUUUUUUCAUGGCUACUAUAAAGGAUUUUACUUUGAGAUUUGUCUGUAUACUAAAAAACGCGAAUAAAAGCAGUUGCUGAAAUCA